ACCCUAUAGCAUUUACAGCGGCACAGCUGCAGUGGGCUAGCCCCUUGUUCUGUGUUUGGGAGUGGCAGGGGAUUCCUUCAUGGUCUUUUUCCUCUUUCAGGUGCUUUCAAGGGUCAUCAUGGUGCACCUUGCUCAUCUCCUUAUGAAAAAUGAUCAUGGAGGACACGUAGCUAUCCGAUUGGCUCUUGGUGGUUGUGCCAACAGACCCUUCUUCCGUAUAGUGGCCGCAUAUAACAAGCGAGCACGGGGCAGCAAGUAUUUGGAGCAAGUGGGCUGCUAUGACCCACUCCCAAAUAGCCACAAUGAAAAGCUUGUUGGCUUGAACAUCGAGAGAAUCAAACACUGGAUUGGUUGUGGAGCACAUGUCACAAAACCGGUUGAAAAACUUCUAGGUCUUUCUGGAUUUUUCCCAUUGCAUCCUAUGACAAUCACAAAUGCAGAAAGAUUAAGGAAGAGAAGAGCCUUGAAAGCCAUAACAGCUUCUGAGGAAGAAACUCCAGGUGACUGAUAACAUCUAACUGAACUGAAUUACUCAAAAGAUUACUGUACAGACAACGAUCAGAACAGUGUGCCAACUAAAAAGGACAAUAUAUUUACUACAGGCAAAGAAAUGAUAGUGGAUGUGAAUUAUUUCAUAAGAACAUUAAAGUAUUUUGAAGCUUUAGGAGUCCUCAGACAAGGA